AUGGACAACUUCUUUGUUCACACUGCCCAGAGCAGGCCAGAUCUUUGGAAGUCCCUCGAAGAUCCAACACAUCCACUGAAUGCUGCCUGGCCACUUUUCCUUGACCAAGACAUAUACCUCCAGCACUACUGCUGCCCACUGAGCAAGAUCGAAGCAUUUGCUUGUUUCCAAUACGCCAUUGUCCAGAUAGAUGACUACGAUCAAGAGCAUAUCAUCGCCUGUGGACGUUCUCUUCCAUUCUACUGGCCCGAAUUAGCCAAAGUCGGGGGCAAAAUAGGCCUCGCUCAGCACCCAAAAGUGCUACAUACCCUCCCAGACGAAGGUUAUGAUGCCAUCCUCUCACGAGCUUUUGAACAAUAUUAUGCCCGAGAAGGCAUUUUCCAAGAUACAGACAGGCCAACCUCGUUCAACGAUCCCCCCGCAGCCAGAACCGAACCACCCAACGCACUGUCCGCCAUUUCCAUCACCGUUUCCCCAGAAUACCGCUCUCGGAGCUUAGCAGAAGCUCUUAUCCUGGCUAUGAAACAAGCAGCCAUCGAGCGCAACUGUGACGCAAUGGUAGUACCGCAACGGCCGACACGGAAAUCUGAAUUCCCAACGACAGAUAUGAUCGAUUACAUAUUAUGGCCGGCGACGACAGUUGCAACCCACUCUCCUGGUACGACAGUUCGAAAACCAGACUCUAACCUCCCAUUUGACCCGUGGCUACGCAAGCAUGCUCGGCUGGGGCCCAAGGUGAUCAAGGUCGCGCGGAGAAGUAUGCGUGUAGAGGGCAGUGUGGAAGAGUGGCAACAGUGGACGGGGGUCAAUAUCCCGCAGACUGCACGACAAGGCACUCAAAUGAAGAUAGGAACAUAG